AUGUCGGAUCCAGAACCAGCCAACGCCACUGCCACGGAGAGUGUGCACCUUCAAUUGAACGGAACGAAGGAGGAGGAUAAAGAAGGCAAAGCAGAAAACACGACACGCACAACCAUCCAAGUACUCACAUUUGUGGAUCCUUCCUCCUCUGAAUUGACUUGGAUGGCGAUCGGUACAUCCAAGCGAAAGUUUCGAGCGUUCUUGUCGUUUUCCAAGGCCAUUGAGACGUCCACUUCCAUCUCCAAUGACGAGAUUCAAACAAGGGCACUGUCAAUUCCAGAUGGUCCGACACACACUGCCCAGCCGAUAGCAAGCGAUGACAAUAAGGGGACUGAUGAGUGGCUGUCGUAUGAUGACAGUCUGGAACUACGAAGAAAAUUUCGUGAUUUAUGGAAAGUACGGCGACUGCUGACCACGGAUACCAGCUGGAUAAAAGAGCACAAGCCAACGCCACCUAGCAGCACUGCAGCACCAACCCCCGCCAAACGGGGAAGUUUUGACGACAAACUCUUAUUCCAAGUGGAAAGAUUUGAAGAAAUUCUUCAGGACGAAAGAGAAGCCACUCCAUCGCAGUCACUUCUAGCAUGGUUGAAGGAAAACUAUGGCGAAAAGCACACACUCAAUCUGCAAGCCGAUCGAUACUAUGGGGGCGAGUUUUCUGCUGAGGAGCAGCUGAAAACUCUACAGCAUUUCUUGGAUUGGUUUCGCUCCUUGUUUCCCUAUUACUACGAUCGAUGCGUGCAUUGUGGCGCGUCCAUGAAGGACGAUCGGGCCAAGGAGGGGACGACCAAUGACACUCAAGAUAAGGAUGAUGACGGCGACGACAGUGGCACGUACCUGGGACAGAUGUGCCCCUCCGUUGACGAGCUGAAGAUUGGCAAGGCAAGUCGGGUGGAAGUCUAUCAAUGCCAUAAAUGCCAGAAAGUGUACGGGUUUCCUCGCUUCAAUGCGGCUUGGUCCAUCGUCCAGACAAAACGAGGACGUUGUGGCGAAUACUCGAUUCUCCUCUAUCGCAUGUUGAGGGCUCUGGGGCAUGCCAAUACGGCACGGUAUGUCGUCGACUGGGCAGACCAUGUCUGGGUAGAAUUACAGAGACAGCAACAAUCUGCUGAUCAUUCCGACAAGGAUGACCAAGCCAAGUACGGAUGGAUUCACUUGGAUCCUUGCGAAGCUGCUGUCGACAAUCCAUUGCUGUACCAGAGCUGGGGUAAAAAGGCAACCUACCUGAUCGCGCUCUACGCUCCCACAGAGGCAAGCAAAGAUGUCUCAUCAGUGAUUGAGGAUGUGACCAAUAGGUACACUUCAGAUUCUUGGGAUCAAAUUGGCGAGAGGCGACAGGCUCACGGGGAGACAAAUUCUGGCAUCCAGCAAGCUAUUGACGAAUGCACCGUUCUUCUGAGGACGAAGUUGGCUUACUACUAG